UAAGUAAUAAUCAGAACAUCAUAUAUAAACAAGAAGUGUUGUUCUUUUUUACCUCACCAGAGAAUUACCUACUCAAGACAGUUGUAGGCCAUAUUAAACUUUUUUGGGAUCUAUAGUAAAUUGGGACAGAUAAAGGAAACACGUCGUCGUAUAGGGAGAUAAAGGAUAUGGCCUUGGAUAGAGCUGGCUGGAGGAAGAUGCAUGAAUUAGUUGCACCGACAAGAGGAAACUUUUAAAUGAAAAAAAAGUAAAUUAUAAUUCUAAAUGAUGUCUCACUUACGUGACUGUUGUUCAAUUGACCUCUUCUGGCCUCGCCACCUUCAACGACCUAUGCGAGAAUGCAGGCGACAACUUGCAGUAGGAUCGCCGGUACCAAUGAUAUGUGGCGGCCGGAUUGUGUUUGCUCAACAGACGAUAGUACAAAGCCAGUAUCGAGGCCAAGGUCUAAAAUCAAACCGGCUUUCCAACACGGAGAAACUGCCAUUUAUUAUGAACCAGCCGAACACGUUCCUAGUGAAGGUGUAUCAUUCGUCUAUCACCCAUUUAUUAUUUUGAACCCGACAUUUAGACGACAUUCUGUUUCUAACACCGUGAAUCCUGCAAUAAAAAUAACCUCUCAUAUUGAAGAUAACAUAAAAGAAGAAACGAAACCAAGUACAAAAUAUAAGCGAAAACAUAAUUUUACACAAAAAUUACAGACCGAACCAGAAGAACGACCUCUAUAUCUAGAUAUUGCUAUCCAAGACACAGUAAGAAGUAGAUCUUCUGUCAAGGAAUUUAGUAGUAUAGAUGAUUUACAAGUUAUUGAACAGAACUUACUAGAUUGCAUAGAUCUUCAUGUGUUAAUUUACUCAAGAAAGAAUAAUAAUAUUACAAAAUUAAAAGAAAUUUGGGGAGAUAAUAAAUUUAAAAAGUACGACAAUUUAUCUAAUUCUGAUUUAAUGAUCAAGAUUCAAAGUAAGUGCGGCCAACCAGCAAGUGUCAUAAAACAAAGUUUAAAUGAAAUAAAAAAAGCAUUACCUAGAAAAAAUGCUACUGAACACAAGCCGGGUCAAAAUGAUAAAUUUGAUGAAAUAAUAACUGAGCUGCCUAAAGCAACAGAUAUAAAAGGGUCUUAUUUUACAAGAUCAGAUGAAUUAAGUUCUUCUACAGUCAAGACAACUAGCGCAGAGAAAACACAGUUCGAAGAAAAAACUACGACUAGUAAGUAUUUUUCCAAGUCACUAAAUAAUUUAUCAAAAAAUAAUAUAAAAUUAAUAUCAACUAGAUCAACAGCACUGAAUGCUUCAAAUGAACAGAAUGAAAUAAACCAGCAAACAUUAACUUCAACAAUAGAACCAACUAUUCAAUAUUAUACAGAAGAUAGUGUAACAACUUCGUACAAUAACAGACACAUUACCCAAAGUUUUAGUAAGAAAGAUAGUUUACUUUCAGUUAGUCCUACAAGCAGUGAAGCUAUUCCUGAAAAUGAAUAUUUACCAAAAAAUAUUUUAAAGGAUAGUAAUAUUUCCAAUACAAGUACAGAGCAUUUUUUUUCGGAUUUACCUAAUAAUCAUUCAGAUAAAGAUAUAAACACUAUUGGGUUUUCCUACACUGAUUCUCAUGAAAAUAUUUCACCUGCGGAAACUUCAACAGAGAAUGCAGUUAUAGAUCAUAGCAAUAUUACUAAAAACUACCAAGAUUUGCAGAGUGAAGGGAGAGUUCAUAAAGAACACAUAUUAUUAAAUAGUACAACUACUGUAGGUGAUAAUCGAAUAUUGUAUCCGGAAGGUGAAAUGAAAAUACCAAAAGUAAUAGUUAAAGAAUAUCCGAAUGAUACUGUUAUUAGUGAAAUAUCUGGUAAUGAACUAUUACCUAAUAAUGAUUUUACCUAUUCAACAAUUCAACCAAUCUUAAAUAUCUUAAAAGAAAACAAUACAUAUUCUGAUACUAAUUUUACGUUUGGUGUUCACAAACCCAUAAAUAAGAAUACUGAAAUAGGAUCGACAAAAUCGUUUGGAAUACAAGGCAGUCCACGGCCAGAAAUAAUUGGCAAACUCUAUUUCCAUUUUAAUAACGAAUCUAUUCCGGUACACUUCGUUCAAGAAUCCGAUGGAACUAUUAAUGUGGGUUUAGAUGGAAUAUCAUUGUGUGAUGAACUAAAUAAUAGUGGGCGAAAUAAAUCUGUUCUGUUGACAGUUUUGUGUAAUUGCGCACGAUCGCCAAACUGUGCGAGUACUACUAUAAACUAGUUAAGUGUAUCAUAUGCUGCAUUAAAAAUGUUUAGUUCUGGAUUCUA